UAAAGUCCGUGGAAAAAAAAACCCACAGACGGACUCAUGAUUCCUGAAUGGGCUGCGUUUCCUCAUGACGGGCUCAUUUUGAGUUCAUUGCUGGAAAAGUAUUAGUCUUUAUGUGGCGAUCGAAGAGUUUUUCAGGCUAAUUUUUGUGGAACUGCAGGACAGAAAUGACCAGUGAACGGGCACAGUAUCCAAGCUCAAAUGAAGUCUCACAGACAGGUUUCCCUGGUGAGCAGCAGUCGCUGAGGUUACGAGGGGUUUCAUCUCCAGGGUCGGAUCAGAAUUACCCACAGUUCAACUGGAGGUCGACCUCCGAAGAGGAAGAUGAAGAUGAAGCUGAAGACGAGAACUGUGAAGAGACCCGGGAGAUCAGGAGCAGACCUAUGCACAUGGCUCUGAAAAGAGCUCUGAGGCAGGUGCAGGAAAUGCAGGUGCCUGUGGUUUCCAGCGGGAAGUCUUGGAAAUGGAGGCAGGCCAAAUCACUGCGUAAACUCAAAAACAACAGCAGAGAAUUUCUCUACUUUUUCGUACUGUGGAGAAAGUCUUUACAAAAGAUUGGAGGGAAUUUUGGAGGUGGAGUCCAGUCUUACUUUCUGUUCCUGCGAUUCUUGGUGGUGCUCAAUUUUUUUUCCUUCUUACUGAUAGCUGGAUUUGUCCUCAUCCCCAGCAUCGUAUUCAGAUCGGUUGGCUCCAGCACCGGUUACAGCGGUUUGGCGGGUUCACAAUGCAUGAAGUAUGACCCGAAUCCUCAAGGCUUGAUUGUGUUCUAUAAAUAUUUGCUGGACUUACUUUCAGGAACGGGUUUCAUGGAAUAUUCAUACCUGUUUUACGGAUUCUACAACAACACGAUGGUGGAGAGCGGGAAUUUCUCCUACAACAUCCCACUGGCUUACCUCGGCACUGCUGCGUUCUACUUUGCCUUUUGUCUCAUCUGCAUGAUCGCACGCAUGGGGAGUGCAUUUCGAGUUACCGUGGCAACAGGAGGCAGCACUGCGGGCAACUACAGCAUGAUGGUGUUCACUGGCUGGGACUACAGUUGCCUAGGAGACCAAGCAACCAAACUGAAGCAGAAGAACAUCAACUACCAGCUGCAGGUGGAUCUGGAGGAGCAGAGGUUAAAGAGACGGGCUGCUGAGCUGACUCUGGGUCAGAAAGUCCUUCUAUACUCUCUGCGUGUUUUAAUGGGUGUUCUAUCACUUGGGUUCAUCUUUGCAGCCUUCUAUGGCAUCGCUCUGGCUACCGACUUCAGCCAGCAAAAGAGUGGACAGGAAGGAAUCCUGGGCUUGAUUUUUGAGUAUCUUCCCUCCAUUGCCAUCACUGCUGGAAAUUUUGUGGUGCCUCUGCUGUGUGACCAGCUUGCCAAAGUAGAGAAAUACCCCCCAAGCAACACCGUCAUAGUUGCACUGUUAAGGUCCGUGUUCCUGCGUCUGAUGAGUCUGGGGAUUCUUCUCUACACACUGUGGAGUCAGAUCACCUGUGAGGGAGACACCGACAGUGCAACUUGUAAACUCUGCUAUUACAACCAUGGAGACUACCCAUGCUGGGAAACACGUGUAGGACAGGAGAUGUACAAGCUCACACUGUUUGACUUCCUCAUCCACUUUGCUGUGCUCAUCUUGGUGGAGUUUCCACGGAGGAUGGUGGUGGACAACUCCUCCAGUAAGCUGGCACAGUGGGUGGGUCGGCAGGAGUUUGUGGUUCCCUCCAACGUGCUUGUCCUGGUUUAUGGUCAGACCGUGGUUUGGGCAGGAGCUCUGUUUUGCCCUCUGCUGCCACUCAUCAAUACCGUCAAGUUUGUCUUCCUCUUCUACUUCAAGAAGAUCACGCUCUUCUAUAAUUGUCGACCAGCUCUCAAGACGUUUCGCUCCACCAAGUCCAACUUCUUUUUCCUCUUGGUACUGCUGCUUGGCUGGGGCCUGGCCCUGGUUGUCAUGAUUUACAGUCUGUCUGAGAUCCAUCCAUCCUUUGGUUGUGGUCCCUUCCGUUUAUUCCCCAGCAUGUGGUCAGUUUUUCCAGCAUCUUUCUACAGGCUCCCUCAGACUUCACAGGAGUUUCUCUUCUUCAUUGGCUCCCAGGCGUUCCUCACUCCUCUGUUUGUAUUAUUCAUUGUGGGGAUGUGUUACUUCAUAGCCUUAGCUUCUGUCUAUGGGAAAAGUGUUGCUCUGCUCAGAGAGCAACAAAAACGGGAGGUGCGUGAUAAGCAGUUCUUGGUCAAGCAGAUUGAGGAGCUGAAGAAACUUCAUCCACCCAUAGUUAAUGCUGCUGUAUAUGAAGGCUGAACUCAUGUUAUUAAUAUUUUGUUUGAUUUUCACUCGUGUUUUUUUCCAGAGUUUGACAGUUUAUUUGACACAUUUUACGGUGGGAAGUUAAUAAUCUAAUAAUCUGCCUUCAAUGGCAACCAUGAUUUGUGACAUCACUACAAAUCUGUAACCAGUGGUCCAAUAACAUAGAAAUGUGAAUAUAAAGUAUGUGAAGUCUGAUUUAUAUGCUGACUGUAUGACAGGAGACAUAGCUGCCUCUGCCUACCUUUGAUCAUGGUUACCGAGGCAACCAUGGCAGUAAAUUACACACUUGAUAGCAUAUCUGUCAAACGGGUCAUUUGACAGGCAUCAAACUUGGCAGGCGACUCACAAAGGCAUGAGUGCCCAGUGCCUGCUGAUAAGAAAUGCAAGGGAACAGGUACAGGUUUCUUUUUUUCUAGUAGUUUAUGAUUAGACCCAUUAACAGGGAUCUGAACCAAUGCACACUGUAUACACACAUUAUGCAUCAAGUCAGUGCCAUGUAAUAAUGCUGGUUGGACACUUCUGCAAAAGGAUGAGUGAUUUAGGAUGUUGUGGUAUUUGACAAAUGUAAACCAUAAAGUCUGUUUUGAGAAAAAAAAAUAAAGGAAGUUAAAUUU